CUGUGGAACAAGGAGAGGUGAAUCAUCAUUACAAACAUUUCUUUGAUAUACAUAAAUCAAUUGUCCUUCAAAAUCUUGUUCUUCCUCUAACCAACCUUCCCGCUUGAGUCCUCUCACUACCCGACACCAAGCCUCCACAGCUUUCGUUAACCCAUUAAGCCCUCUUUGUCAAUCAGCAGUUUCCUCCAAAACUCUGGUUGCAAUCUACCACUUGGGGACAUUUGAAAGCCACAAAUCUUUGCUAUCUUCUUCAUUUUUAACAUAGCCUCUUCUCCUGCUCUCUCCUUAACAAUGUCACAAGCUAAAUAGCCUUUACAAGGUCUGGGAUGUUCUUGUUCCAUUUUCACCAAACAAGGCUUCCCACGUAAGAGGGACAGUGAGUGUCACGAUUCGGGGAACCCAACACGCUGGCACACACACACACACACACACACACACACACAAAAGGUGCCGUACCGGACCUUAGAGUGGCCGGGCUAAGCACACACAGAAUGGUCAGGAAACAAUCCCAGUAAGGGGAACCGAAGACAGAAUAAAGUACAGAAGAGGUAGAAAGUAAAGGAAAAGGUGAACAUCGAGAGACUAAUCAAAAAAUAUUUACAAGAGUCACAGAUGUAAAGAUGUGCACAUAAUCCGGAAUCAAGGAUGAGCAACACAACACACACACAUAUAACCAGGGUACCCCACUAUGACUACAACUAAAUAAAAACCAUAAUAUAAUAAAGAACAAUAUAAAAACGAGCAUAGUAACAACUAAACAGUAAAUAAACCCUGUUCUACUCUGAACAAUACAACAAAAUUCCCAGCCUUUCUCUAGCCGGCUCCCAACCCUUCUCUGGGUGGACAAUAUUUCCUGCCGUUCACUAGGCGGUUCCCAGCCCUUCACCGGGCGGAUAGGUUCCCUGCCCGCUAGGCAGUCUAGCUAUAAUGUAAUAAAAACACAAACCACACACCAGCUGUCUCACAUUCAUACACACACUCAGGAGGCAGAUAGACGAUCGACAGGCUCGUUUAAAGAGGCACUGGAUAAGAAGUUACCUGUCUUGUAGCCUUCUGGAAGCCAGAAUUGGACAUGGAGGCAGAACGACACAAAACUAGAGAAUACAGGCGUGAAGGGUGAACUUGAAGUAACAGACCAUGCAGGCUGCCCUGGAGAUCACAGCUAAAUAUUGCCAAAAUGAAAUGGAGGAGUAUGGCCAGUGUGUUACCAGCAAACCAGGAACAUGGCAGCAGGAUUGCCACAUGCUCAAGGUUAAAGUGGCCAAGUGUACAUUAUCUCACCCAGUUAUUCAGAGAAUCCGUACAGAGUGUUCUGAACCAUUUGUUGCUUUUGAGCAGUGUCUAAAGAAGAACCAGACAUCUGUAGAAAACUGCUCCAUUCAUGUGACGGACUUCUUGCGGUGUGCAGAGAGUGUCAAACUCACUGAAUGGGCCUAUUUGCAUGGGCACAAGAUAAGGAUUUAAGGUUUCCUUGAAUAUUGGCUAUGUGUUUGGUGCUAUUCUUUCCAAAUGGUCUGAAAAUUAACUGAAUUUUGAUUCUGCAAAACUGAAUCGUAAGACAAAUUAUUUGUCUUGUGUAAAGGAUAACGUCUACAAAAUGAACUUAAACAGUGCUACAGGCCACACUUUUGAGGAUGUCCCAGGUCCUUGCACAAUUUAAAACUUGUUGGACUUGUGGUAAAGGAGACUAACGUUUUGUGAAACUGGAAUAUGUACUGUCAUUAUUCAAGAGCCAGUCAACUUUAAAAAGAACCUUGGCAUUUUUACAGAAAUUAGAAUAUUUUUUUCUAUAGAUAGAAGAAAGCUCAAUAACAAAAGUGAAUAUGCUUUUCAUCUAGCUGUUAAUGUAAAAGUGAAUCUGGUCUGUGAAACAUCCGACUGCCUUCAACUAUUCUGUGUCUGCUCCUGCAUCUUAC